AUGGAUCCCAACAUGUUUGGCAAUAACUUUGCCGGCAUGUUCGGCCAACAGCAACCACAGAACACAGGUGGUAGCGGCGGCAGCGGCAUCGACACCUCCAAUAUGGGAGGCGGCAUCAACCCAGCCAUGUUCGGGGGACUCGACCUGACCACUCUGCAAAAUAAUCCACAGCUCGCUGCCGCGCUUCUGCAACAACAGCAACAGGCGCAGCAGCAGCAGCAACAGCAACAGCAGCCGUCUCAGCCCAACACUCCGCAGCAGGCGCGCUUCAACCCGGCCAUGUUCAACCCGGCCAUGAUGGGGCUCGACCAGAACAAUCAGGGGGCUGGCGGGAUCAACUUGCAGGCCCUUCAGCGUGCCUCUGCAGCCGGUGGUAACAAUCCUUUGGCUUCAUUCAAUCCGCAGAUGCUAUUGCAACAGCAACAACAACAACAACAGCAGCAGCAGCAGCAGCAGCAGCAACGCCAAGCGACACCGCAACAACAGCAGCAGCCACAACAGCAAGGCGGGCAAGCGUCGCGGUGGCCUCCACAGCAACAACAGCAACCGCAACCACAGCAGCAGCAGCAACAACAGCAGCAGCAGCAGCAAAUGCAACAGAAUCUUCUUGCGCAACUGCAGAACGGUGGGGGAGCCAUGUUCAACAACUUUGGUCAGAUGACUGGCAUGGGGCAACCGCAGCAACAGCACCAGCAAGCACAACCACCACAGCAGCAGCAGCAGCCUCAGCAACAGCAGUUUGGUGCAGGAGGAUUCAACCCGGCCGCCUUUGGUCUCAAUCCUCAGACCAUGGCUCUCUUUCAGCAGAAUCCGAUGCAGGCUAUGCAGGCCAUGCAGGCGUUUGGUCAGCUCAAUCCUGGAGCGUUCCCUCCAGGCGCUUUCAAUCAGCUCAUGAUGCAACAGCAGCAACAGCAACAGCAGGCACAGGCUGGCGGCUCCUCUCAGCCCGGUCAACUUCCUGCCAUGUUUCAGCAGGCCCAGAAUGGCAACAUAGCGGGCAUGCUCGAUCCUGCGGCGCUCAUGGGCGGCUCGCAACAACAGCAGCCUAACCUGUUCUCUGGCGGUGCAUCCGCUCCUGGCGCCUCUCCCGUUCGACCCAACUCGGCGCUUCAGCAACCGCAGCAGCCGCCCAACGGCAUCCCUGCGUAUCUGCAGUCCAAUAACCAGAAUCAGAUGCAGUCAGGUCAGUCCUCACCCGCCCCGUCGCAUCAACCGCCGGGGACGCCUCAGCAGAGCAACGCCAACAACGGCGCCGUGCCUUCCACACCGACUACUGCCUCCAAGUCCAAGCCGCCAAGGAAGAAGUCCGAAAAGAAGAACACGGCCAAGUCGCAGGCGGCGCAGAAUCAGACGCCCGUCAUGCAGCACGCCACUGCUCCUGGCACGGCUAGUAUGCAACCGUCUCCCAGCGCUUCGUCGAUAGCUGGCAUCCAGGGCGCUUCGCUCCCCGGCAGCGCCUUUGACCGAUCGCGCAGCCACACGCGUUCCCCCAGUGUUUCGCAGGGCGGGCAAGGCACGCCAUCGCAAAUGCACGCUCUGCCUCCUGGAAUGCAAGGAAUGCCGCCACAGCAACAGCAACAGCCGCCGCUGCAGCAACAACAUCAGCUUCCGCAGGUGGGAAUGCCCGGAAUGCCCGGACAGCCCGGACAACCCGGACAGGCGCCGCAGCAGCAGGUAGUCCCGCCAAAUUGGAUGCCUAGCCUCAACCCACAACAACAGCAGGCCGUUUUGUCGAGAGCGUUGGCACUAGCCAAGGCACAGGAAGGCUCGGGUCUCACGCCGGUGCACACGCUGAUGCAGAUGGGUUACCUCUUCCUCAAGGCUUCCAGCUUGCCUGGCGGUUCGCAUCCGUCCAUGAUGUCCAACGGCGGCAUGGUACUCACCAUCAACGAAGCACGCGGACUCGGUCUGAUCCCGCAGCAAGGCAUGCAGCCAGGCCAGCCGGGCGCACAAGGCCAACAGCAGCCUCAGCGACAACCGUCGAUCCCUGGAUUGCAGCCUCAACCGCCUCAGCAGCAGCAGCAGCAGCAGCAGCAGCAACAACAACAACAACAACAACAACAACAACAACAACAGUUCCCUCCACAGCAGCAGCCUGGUUUCGGUGUUCCUCCACUCACGCCUCAACAGCAGCAACAGCAGCAAAUGAUGCUCGCCAUGCAACAGCAGCAGCAACAGAUGCAGCAACAACAGCAACAACAGCAACAACAGACUCCUUUCGUUGCACCGCAGCUCGGCCACCCCCAUGGCCAGCGUCCCACCACACCCGCAGGUCAGCACGCCUCGCCUUCUGGCAUGCAUGCGCCUUCGCCUAUGGGUCCAGCUGGUGCCGUUUCCAGCCCAGGCAUGGCCAACAAGCCACGCCCUCGCCAGCCCAGUCUCGCCCUGAGCGCAUCUGGCCGUCCAGACUCGCGUGGAGGAGGAAAUGUGCCGCCCAGCUUUCAGCAAGGAGGACCUCAAGGCCUCAUGGCGCCACCGCCUGCUCCUGGCCACCUGCCACCGGGUAUGGCGCCUGGUAUGGGCAUGCCGCCGGGGAUGGUGCCGGGCGGCCAGUUGCCUCCCGGCUACGGGGCGCCAGGUGGACCUCAAAUGGGCCCAGAUGCGACACCGCCGAUGCUCAAGCAGCAAGGACGACGUCCGUCCAUGGUGCAAGACCCUUCGCUCAACGCCACUCCAGACCACAGGAGGCCCUCGUUGGCAGGCUCGGCUACGGGGACCAUGGACGGAAUCGCAGCUACGACACCCGAUCCCAUGGUCAUGGCCGCAGCAAGCGCUGCUGCUGGACAACCAUCGGCGCAAUCGCAGCUGAUCAGUAGCUUUGGCAGCGUCACUACCACGCCCAAAGGUCGAAAGGGUUCUCAAGCUGCUCCUGUCGGUCUGCCCGGUGCUUCGCCGAUGCAAGCCGCUGUCGCCCAGCCUGGCGCCCGUGCGAUGGACGAGGCACCGACGCUUCCCGAUGCAGCAGCAGACGCUACGGUGGCGACUGGCAAGCCAACGACGCUAGCAGGUAGCACUCCAGCAUUUGCUCAAACCGUUCCUUCGAAUCUCGCCAACAUGCCCAUGCUCCUCGGUGGACCUGCACCCAAAGAGUCGGCGGUCGGCACGCCUAUCACGCAUUUCAACACGCGUGUGACCAAGCUGGACGAUGCCAUGCGACCCCAGCGUGCAGCCACCGAAGACAACGGCGAUGCAGCAGCAAGCUCUGCAGGUGACAAGGCGGAUGAACCUGCGUGGACACAGCUCACAGCCGAGCAAGAGGCUGAGCUGGUCAGCAUCAUGAAGCGAGAUCUCGAAUACGAGAAACUCUUCCGACAGCAGCAGCAAGAGAUGGACAAGUCGCUCAAGGAUCGUAUCGACCGUGUGAGGCCACCUCGAAGAAAAGCGACGGACGGUACCAUCACCAAGCCAACGCCCGUGGCAUGGUGGGAGCGGCCCGAGGAGGAGGACGUCUCGGGUCUGUCGCGCGACAUGUUCAGGCCCUUUGGCGUGCUCUUCCCCAACCAGAAGCGAGCCGAGCUCGACCAGGGCCAGCGCGGCGCCCGCCCUCACAUUCCUCUCAAACGCUCUGUCAUGGAGUCGGUCUCGCAGCAGGGCGAAGACCUCGUACCAAUCCGACUCGAGAUCGACCAUGAGCACUGGAAGUUGCGCGAUACCUUCACCUGGAACGCACAGGACUCGCACAUUAACGUCGAGGCGUUUGCACAGUCGAUCUGUGAAGACAUUGGGUUGCCCGCGACCGUGUUUGUGCCGCAAAUCAAGGAGCAGAUCACCACACAGAUCCUCGAUCACCAGACGACCAGCGCUUUCAAGGCCAAGCCAUCCUUCGACUUUGGCUUGGACACGAAGGAAGGCAAAGGCUCGCUCGAGGACAAGGAUCUCCGCUGGUGGUCCAAGUGGCGACGCAGAGUCGAUUCGCUUCCCUUCGGCGACAAACCCUCUUCUGCUACUACCGUUGCGCAAGCCCCAGUUGGCGCAGACGACGACGUCGCCAUGCACGCGGAUGACAGCAGCGAAGAGGACGAUGCGGGAUCGGAGCCACGCGAGAUCGUCGACACCACUCCAGCCGAAGAGCUGCGAAUGAUGAUCAAGCUCGACAUUACCGUUGGCGCCAUGAACCUGGUCGAUCAGUUUGAGUGGGAUGCCAGCGAGUCGGAUCCGGCCGCUGCUGAAAAGUUUGCUGAAGCCUUCGCGGCGGAUCUGGGCCUUUCGGGCGAGUUUAAGACGGCCAUUGCUCACUCGAUUCGCGAGCAGGUCUCUGUGCAUGUCAAGUCGCUAGCGAUGACGGGCCACACGUUCGAUGGCAGACCGAUUGCCGACGAAGAGCUGCGGGCGGCUUUCUUGGGGCCUGUCAGCAAGUCAAACCUGUCGAGGGGCGAGAUCGAGUCGUACCACUUUACGCCGCGGCUCUUGCAGCUCACGGAGGCCGAGAUCGAACGACUGGACCGCGAGCGCGAGCGCGAGGCGCGUCGAAAGCGUCGUCAGACGCGUGGCCGUCGUGGCAUCAACCUGCCCGACCGCGAUCCCCAAAAGACGCAACGCACGCCGGCGGUGUAUGGCAUCCAGACGGUUCAGACCGACGCUGCCAACGCUCUGCAAAACACCAACGGGCUGAGCGAUCGCUACGGAGGCAUGUCGACGCGCCGUGCAGCAGCUGCGGCCGCCAAUGCUUCGAUCGCGCCUUCGCAGUCGAUCGACGUUGGCACGCCGACACCGGGUCCCGACGGGCUGGGUCUGCCUGAGCGCAAAAAGCCCAAGGUCAACCACCACGCCAUCCACUUCGACUUCCCUGGCGGACUGGGUCGCAAAACGGAUCCUGGUGGACCCAAGUUUGCGCCCGAGUACACGGAGGAAGAGGCAAGGAAGCGCGCACGGUCACCCGAGAACCAAGCGACAGGCUCACAAGCUGAGAAGCCUGCGCCAAAGCUUGUCUCGCUGUCGUACGCUCAGCGCAACAACGUGCGACCGGAGGACCUGGAGCGUCAGCAUCCCAACUUCCACGACGGCAUGUGGCAUUGCUCGAACUGCGGUAUUCCAGGCACGCUGGCGCCAGGAAGGCGAAAGGGACCGUUGGGCGACAAGUCGCUGUGUGGACCGUGUGGUAAGUACUAUCACCGUCACCGCAAGGUGCUCAUUUUGGAGUACACGCGGGAUCCCGUGGUGCAUCUGAAGCAGCAGCAGGUGCAGAAUCGCAAGAUGGGCGUCUCGAAUCCGCUGAUCGACACGGCGCUGCUCAACGCGUUAGGAGAGCAGGAAGAUUCGACCGAGCCUACGAGUGCUGCAGACACCCCGAAGCCAGACGGAGGCAAGGAUGACGGCAGCGGGAUCCGACGCAAAGGCCGGCCUCCGGCGACAUCCCUGGCGACGAGUCGAGGUGAUGGCGGGGAUCGCUCGGAUGAAGAUUUACCGUUUGAGAUGGUGGGCAGCCCGGACGACAGCGACUCGUCUUCAAGGUCGAGCAGUCCCGAGCCGGCACCUCGAACGCGCAAGUCGGCGUCGCAGUCGAUUGGGAUUGAGGAGGAUUCGCAGCAUGUGCAACGUUCAGCGGCAGACAGCGCUCGGGACAAGGUGACGGCCUCAUCUGCUGCUGCUGAGACCGAAGCUGCCAAGGAAAGCGAAGCGGCGGCAACCGAUGCGGUUGAUGUCAAGACGGAGGCUGACGUUGAGAGUGAACCUGUCACGACCUCAGCGGACUCCAUCAUGACUGCAGCAGCCAACAGCAGCAGCAGCAGCGUAGCACCUGGUUUGGCUGGUGUGGCUGGAUCGCCAUCCGGAGCGUCGGGUGCAGCCGGCACACCGACUCUGUCGAAUGCUUCGCCACGCAUGGCAGCGAUCCCAGGCGCAACUCCUCCGGACUGGUUGACACAAUCGGGUGCCGCCCUGAAAGCGCGCUAUCCGAACGAUCGAUUCGAGAUCCAACAACGACCGCGACCUGCGGGCGUGCCACCUCCGCCGCAGCCGGAAUGGAGGGUGAGAUGUCUGGACUGCCCCGGCAAGCUGUACACACCCGGGCCGGGAGAGAGUCUCAACAACUUUGAAAUCCACCUGCGCAACCGUCUGCACCGCGCCAAUGUCAACAAGAGGGUGUAUGGCAACACGGCACCGCCAGCAGCAGCAGCGGCAGCAGGCGUCGCGUCGCCCGGCGGUAAUGGCGGUGCUGCUGGUACGCCGCACAAGAGUCCCAGUGCUGCACAUGCGCCUGGGCCAUAA